CUCAAUCCACGCUUACUGGUGCCCAGCAAAGCCUGAACCGGCGUGUAUGUUGCAACUUUUACGCACAAACAAAAUGAGAACCUUCAUCUCGACCGUAACAGCGUUCUGGGUGAUAACAAUACCCUGCAUGGAAGCCAUCCAUGGACUCUACAAUUUUGGCCAGCACGACUUAUUCUACAAAAAAAACAAUUGCAAGCAAAUCCCUGCAAAUCUCCUCCUUUGCAAUGACAUAGAAUACGCGGAGAUGCGCCUCCCGAACCUGCUCGGACACGAAACCAUGAAUGAGGUUCUGCAGCAAGCUUCGUCGUGGAUUCCUCUGGUGCAGAAACAGUGUCACCCUGACACAAGAAAAUUCCUCUGCUCCCUUUUCGCUCCUGUCUGUCUGGACGACUUGGACGAGCCGAUCCAGCCGUGCAGGUCUCUGUGCGAGAGCGUCAAGCGCGGCUGCGCGCCCGUCAUGUCCGCGUUUGGCUUUCCGUGGCCAAAAAUGUUGGACUGCGACCGUUUCCCGCUAGACAACGACCUGUGCAUACCUCCAGCAGGCAUUGAGAACUUGGUCCCAGUCACUACAGAGGUACCCAGGGUCUGUGAUGCUUGCAAAGAAACAGAUGAAAAUGAUAACGAAAUUGUUGACAAUCUUUGCAAGAAUGACUUCGCUCUGAAGAUCAAAGUCAAGGAGAUCUCCUACAUCAACGGCGACACUAAAAUAGUGCCGGAGUCCAAGACCAGGACCAUUUACAUGAUGAACGGUGUGACGGAGCGGGACCUGCGGAGGAUGGCGCUGUGGCUGCGGGACGGACUGGAGUGCAUCUGCGAGGAGAUGAACGACAUCCACGCGGCGUACCUGGUCAUGGGCCAGAAGGUGGACGGCCGUCUCGUCAUCACUUCACUGAAGCGCUGGCAGAAGGGACAGCGCGAGUUUAAGAGGAUUUCACGCAGUAUUCGUAAGAUGCAGUGCUAGAAUAAAAGACGAUUAAAAAAAUGCAUGUCAGUGUUGAAGAUAAACUUUAGUGGAGCCCUGUUUUUAUUUUUAUCUGACACACAACGUGCUGCUAUGGGUCAUAUGUUCAGGUCUUGGGCGCAGCUGUUUCCAAAUCCUCAGAAGAUGCCUUAUGGUUUCCUCCGUUGGUUUAUUAUCGCAUAAAAAGAAACUCUGUUACAUGAGGCACAUAACAAGACCAGCACAUGUAUUUCCCUCUAUAGUGUUUAUGGAUUUUCAGGUGUCAGACAGAUCAUUUAAAAUAUGUAUUUAUAAAAGCUCAUUUCCAACAUCUAAACAGUUUUCAGAGCUUGUCUUUGACUCUCAUUUUGCAGUGAUUUACUGCCCCCUAGUGGACCGUUUUGAACUCACGCGUCUUUCCGGGCGGAUCGGUCUCAGUGUCGUUCCUCCGUUGCUGUUAAUUGCUCUCAGAUGGUGUUUAAGGUGCAGAGAAAUAACAAAUUACAUGGCUGGAGUGAAAACUGGUAGCUUUGACUUCAGGAUGAAAAAUUACUCACUGUAAAAAUGAUUGUCAGAUGUGGCUAAAUCCUGCAUAAAGGUGGAAUUCAUUACAUUCAAACUGAAAUGUUUUCUCUUGCUGGGUUAAAUGACAGUUGUGUAUGUGGAAGUUAUUUUAAUGAGUAU